GGCUUGAUUCAGUGUUGUGUGCGUCCUCCAUUUAAAUUUUGCCCUUUUUAAAUAUGGGAGGAGAGCACUUCCUGUUCGGGGAUUUUGCCUUCAAGAAAGAUGGUGCUGAAAGAGCGAUUUGGGCGACUGCCUGGGGUUGAUAAAUGAUCCCCGCGCUUAAUUUUGAUGGAUGCAAGAGACAAGCAAGUUCUGCGCUCAUUGCGCCUGGAGCUGUGUGCAGAACUGCUGGUGGAGGGCCUUAUCAUUCAAUAUCUUUACCAAGAAGGAAUUCUAACAGAAAACCAUAUGCAAGAAAUAAGGUCCCAAGUCACCAACCACAGGAAAACCAUGAUGCUUCUUGACAUACUACCUACACGAGGGCCCAGGGCUUUUGAGACCUUCCUAGAAUCCUUACAAGAGUUUCCGUGGGUGAGGGACAAACUUGAGGCAAAGCGUAAUGAAGUUAUGGUAGUUGCACCUGCAGAUGAUGAAAUACACGGACUUUCGCAGCAUACUUUGAAGAAUCCACCAACAGAUCAGCAGAUUUGCAAGCUUGCUAGGAGACUUGGACCUGAAUGGGAGUGCAUUGUAUUGUCCCUGGGCUUGACAUGCAAUGAUAUUUACCGCUGUAAAGCUGAUCACCCAAACAAUACCCAGUUACAGAUUGUGAGCGCAUUCAUUUCAUGGAGGCAACGUUUUGGGAAUAAAGCUACUAUAGCGAGUCUUUGUGCUGGUUUGAAGUUGGGAGAAGUGGAUUCUUCUGUGAUCCAACAGAUGUUUCAGUGAGCCCCUGCUCUUGGCCUCUCUGUGAAAUUAAGUUCAGCAGAUGUACAACUUUUGUCAGGGACCAAUCCAGAAAAUCCCUUUAAAAUGGAGUUAGGUACCAAAGGAGGCAGUGCUUUACACCAGCCUUCCCCAUCCUGGUGCUUUCCAGAUGUGUUGGACUGUAACACUCAUGACUUCCAGCCACCCUGACCAUUGAGAAUUGCAGUCCAACACAUCUGGAGGGUUGGAGAAGGCUGGUAUGCAGAAUAACAGCCAAAAGUUUGGGUUACUUAGAAGUAUGUCCUAUUAAAAUCAGUGGUUCUUACUUCUGAAUAAAUGUGUCUGAUUGGA